GUUUUUCAAAUAACAUCGGUCAUCAUAAUGUAUAAAUACUUGCUUUGUAUAUGUAUUUGCUCAAAUUUGGCAACAUAUGUUCUGUUUUUGUUUUCUUCAGAAAGACGCUUAAAAGAAGAAAGACGCUUGAGAGAAGAGGAAAAGACUUUUGGUGCAUAUGCUUACAAUCUGUACAGAAAGGCGCUUGAACAAGGAGUUGAAGAGGACUUUUCAAUUUGAAUAAAUGUAGUGGGAAAUUUUGGGCAAGGUAAAACUUCACUAGUAAACAGAUUGAUUAGAUCAAGUAUUGAGAGUGUAGAAAGUACAAAUGGUAUAGAUAUUAUGCAUUAUAAAUGUCAACGGGAUGCAGCUGGACUUAUAACUUAUAAGGCAAAUCCGGGUCUCGAUACGUCAGAUAUCGCGAAACGAAUACAAACGGCGUCAAUUGCAGAAAGACGAGAGGAAAAUCAGCCAAAGCCGAUGCCAACCCGCUUUAAGGAAUUCUUGAGAAAGCCUUUUCAAAAGAAAUACAUACCAAAAGACAUGUCAGCAAAAGAGAGACACGAUUUUUUACGAGAGGUAAAAAAAUAUGAUGCGGAAUGCUGCAUGGAUGGCAAAACUAAUACUUUCGAUAUAUGGGACUUCGGCGGACAGUACGUAUUUUAUGCAACCCACACACUGUUUCAUAGCAGAAAAGCAAUCUACCUCCUCGUGUUUAAUUUAUCCUGCGGGUUAACUGCUAUUGUACCAAACGACGAUGAGGAGAUUUGCGCGAACAUGGGAGAGCGGACAAUGGAAUACUACAUUCGAUUUUGGGUCAACUCAAUUCACUCCUUUGUUGGAAGGAAAGAUGGAUCAGAGCCUAAAAUCAUACUUGUCGGGACGCACCUUGACAGCUUGAAUGGAGAUGCUUCGUCCAAACAUCGACAGGCAACAAAGUACUUCGAAAAUAUCAGAACAAUGUUUAAAGGCACACCGGCAGGUAAACAUAUUUCCCAGUACGACUUUGCUGUAGAUAACAGAAAUGGUCAAGAGGACGCAUUUGAUGCUUUGCGAACAAUACUACUUUGUGUUGGACGAGAAAACGCAAAAUCGACCAAAAUUCCUGCUAAAUGGAUACAGCUUGAAAGAUCUUUGUUCAAGUACAAACAUAAAGGGAUUGUAGACAUGGCAAAGAUUAUUGCUAUUGAUUCCGAAAGUGAGUACCCACUGAGCACAACUGAACACGUCAAACUAUUUCUGAAACACAAACAUGAUCAGGGAACACUCUUCUAUUUUGAUGAGAAACCAAUAUCAAGCUAUGUUGUCCUUGAUCCACAGUUCCUUAUCGAUGCUUUUAAAUGUCUUAUCACAGCCGAUAGAUUUAUCAGAAAUCUGCCUGAGACGCAUGAUUCUUGGUUGAAAUUGAAAACAGAAGGAAAACUGGAAAUCCAGUUGAUAGACAAAAUAUGGGGUACUGCUGCAAAUGAACAAAUUAAGACACAUAAGGAAACAAUACUUUGGUUUCUUCAGAAGCACCGCAUUAUAUCAGAAGCCAUGUCCUUCAAUGAAACGGAAGAGGUUGCAGUUGGACUUGGCUGGUAUAUUGUUCCGAGCUUAUUGAAUGAUCACAGUCAAGCUGAAGAGAUAAAAGAAUUUCUGAAAGGAAAAAAUCAAACCAAAAUCCAAUUCGUGAUUUCAUUUGAUAACUCAUCGAUCGUGCCGACAGUAUACCAACGACUUACUGCAGCCCUACUCGGAAAGUGGUCGAUAUCAACAUUUAGGGAAAAGAAACUUCUUUUCGAGAACAUGUCCAUAGUACGGCUGGAUAUAGAACAUGCGGGAAUUAUUGAAAUGAAUCAUAGACACAUACAUUUGUAUGUGCUGAAUCUAUGCCCAUCACGAAAAGUCAAUAACAUGAUUCCGGACGCGUUUAGGCGCUUUGUAGAAUCAGUCAUCAUGUAUGAAUUCCGAAAAUACCAGCGGGAUGCAGGGAACAAUGACCUACCAUAUGAACGUGGAUACACAUGUAAUCAUGACAGUCACGAUAUAUCGUCCUGCAAAACUAUUGAACUAUAUUCCCAGCUUGAUGAAAGCCCCGUCAUACCAUGUACGGAAUCUGAGUCGCAUGAUAUUAUAACUAGCGCUGCUAAGGCAGAAUGGUUUCAAGGUACGGAAAGAUUAAAAUUCUUACCGCAAGGUACCAUUUCGCAACAAACUAUUUGCAAACUGUCGCAAUAUAUUGGUGGGGAUUGGGAAAUACUUGCAACGGCGCUAGGAAUAAGCCGGGUCAAGAUUGAACACAUAAAGGCCGACAAUCCGUUAAGCACAGCCUUACAAGUAUUUAGGAUGUUGUGUGAUUGGCGUGAAAUAUUUCAAGAGACAGCUUCUAUGUACACUCUUGUUCAGGAACUGCAAAAAUUGCCAAAAGUUACGGUUGACUGGGACGGAAUCAGAAAUAUUGUCGACGAUCUAAAUGAAACCGAAUGGCCGCACACACAGUAAAUGUGCACAACUGGACUAGACACAACUGGAAAAUAGUAGUUAUAAGAACCUUCAAAACAACAGAGUAUAGACAACUGUCCUGUCUUUAUGAAAGCAUUACUAAAAUUAUCAUCACAUUUGAGUAUUGUAUCUAUGUUCUAUGUGAAACAGCUGAAAAAUGGCCAGAUGGCUGUUUGAUAUACACCAGGAAAAUGACGAGAAUCGCAUCUGGAUUCGGAAUAAAGGUGUUAUGGCGAUAGGGUGACAUUAUUUAUGAAAUAUCACAAAACACGGACAUGUUAAUUCAUAAAAUACCUUUAAAAACAAACGUUGUCCAUAUAGACAAUUUACGUUCCUGAAUAAGUACUACAGAAACCUUUAUAGAUAAUUCUAUAUUGAAAUAUUCUAGAUGAGCUGUCUGAGUUUAUGUAUCUUUCAAAACAUUUAUAUUGCAAUUAAUCAUAUUUUAUUUACGUCACUUCUAGGAUUGACCUAAGGAUGGUGCAGUAUAAUGAUAAAAUUUUUAAAGCAAUACAUAGCUGAAGUUGUAUAUUUGUGUGAUACAGUCUUUACAUAAAUUUGUAUCUGUAUCUGUGCAUGUAAACAGACGUAUGCAUAUGAGCGUAUUGGCCCUUUUAUAUAAAAAUCCCCGUAGAGUGAAUGUUUUAUUGUUUUUUCCUGUUCUAAUUUUUUAAGUCAUUUCAUCACUUUGGCCAUUGACCUGAUAUAGUUUUCCAUUCAAAAUAAUUUCAGUUGCAAUAUAUAUGGUGCACUAGUAGCACAACCCCAUUGUACUGUUAUAGUUAAAAGCUACCUGUAACAUACACAAGUGUUGAAUUUCAAAAGAAAGUGCUGGAAGGCCAACUACUACUUCCGCGAGCUGACAUGGACUCGUGAAAUGAAACUUGUAUAUAGAUCGUGUUUGUUAUUGAAAAGCUGAAUGUGACGCUCAUAUAUUGUACAAUGUGCGUUAAAAAGGAAAUUUACAUAAUUUUAUCUAUGUUUCUAGACUGACAUUAGUUAGAUAUACGUAACAAAUUUUGUAACGUAGCAUUUAUUUUGAAACCGUCCUAAAAUAUUUUAAAUUACUUUAUGACAUUAAGCGCAUAAUAUAGAAAUAUAUGUUGUUAAUCAGAAGCUUUGAAUACAGCCAUGGUAUGACACAUAAUCAUUCGUUUUAUGACUUCAACCAUAUUUUCAAAACUCUCAAACAUUUAUGUAAAUGUCUAGAAGUUUUAGAUGUACGAAACAAGAAUAAGGAAGGAAAAUGAUUAAACAACCAACAUUACUGCGUUGUCCUAUUUAAGAAGAAUAUGUAAUUUGUGUCUAUUAAACAGUACACCUUAAAAUGAUUAAAAGUAUAAUAUUUUAUGAUCCGAUUUUCUUAAUAUUUUGACAUGUGAUUUCCAACAUGCAGCUUCGAUAACUUAUUUAAAUAUGCCUCUGCUAUUUUUCUUAAGCAAUAACUUCACAAAAUGAAAACGUAAAUGCUCAAAUUUGGUUAUUUCUACAAAUGUGAUACAAAAUAAAUGUAUAUAUCACUAGUUUGCAAUUACAUACAGAAUUUUGAUAUGGUAUAUAGGCCGGUCAAAAAGGUAUGGUAUUGGUUACUUUGAAUUAAUUGAAUAUUUAUCUCUUCGUCCUAAUUAAGAUGAGCUAAGAUGUAAUUGUUUGUCGAAUAAUACAUGACUAUAUUUUAUAUUUUGUUCCUUGCUGAGGCACCAAAGGUGUUUGAUGUAUUGUAAAUGAUCUUAUUACAUACCUAAAAAUAUUUUCCAUUGGGUUUCAAUGGACCGCGAUCGUGUAAUAUUUUUCCAUAUCAUGACGUGGAACGCUUUCAUAUCGGACGUGGAAUGUUUUAUUAACGUUGUAAUGGAAAGAAUCGCGUGACGUCCAUGGCAUCCACGCGCACGUUGCGUCAACAAGUUGACGUCAUUUUCACAGAAAAUAUUAAUGCGCGUCAGUUUGAUUUGUUUAUUGCAUUAUCGGAGAAACUAGCUUCGUAUUUUUCUUGUCUUUCGUUACAGAACGAUAAUUUAGAUAUAAAUUAAUCAUUUGAUAGUGGAUAUGUAAUUAAAAGGUUGUUUACUUUGUAUGUGGAUAUAUGCACUCGUUCUUCCGCGGAUAAUAUUGCCCUCCUAAUGUCGCGCAAUAUUACCACUGCAGAACUCGUGCAUAUAUCCACAUACAAAGUUAAUAACUUAUAAAUACAAAAAAAAAUGAAUUUUCAGUCUGGUUUAAGUCAUGAUUUCAUUUUAAACUGUAGUGGCUCUUGUAUUUGUAUAUACAUUAACUUAUUUUUGUAUUGUCUAGGUCACCGUUCGUUAUUUUGAAAUGUAGGUACAUUCUAAGAACUAUUUUAAUUGGGAUUUGAAAUCCACCUAGUACCAGGUCCGUGAAGCGGUUUUAGUACCAAAUAGGAAAAUACUGUACAAAAAAAAAUAAACAUUCCUCUAUGAGACUGUCUGUAGAUGGAUUCCCCAUUUCACAAUGUUAUCUGACGUUAAACUGUUUAAAGAAAGCUUAUUAGGCAAACAUAAUCAAUUUGUUAAAACGUAAAACGAAAGCACAGAAUACCGUUUUCAAUUGAAAAAGUAGUUAGAGUACGGGUUUCAGAUAAAUAAUUACUACAUGUUUUUACUAAAUAUAUAUUCUGUGUUGGGUUUAAAGUUAUAUCGACCAGCUGUUAGGUCAUAUCGCGUAUUUUUUAGAUUUUGGUUGUAAGGCAUACCUGGGGUAUUCUUCUUAGCUUUACUUUAGGAACGAACAGACAAACAGUUAGAACUGACAUUCCAGAAGCUGUCUGAAUUGCUUCUAUGAAUCAAAUUUUCUAUAAUCAAAAGCGAUUUCGAACCGUGAGGAGCAAGUGAUUCGAAGUCAGUAAACAUAACAAACCGGCCACGGAUAUCCCUUUAUGUCAAAAGAAACUAAAAUCAAACACCUUUGAUUUUCAAAUCUUUGAUAUUAAAACAUUCGGACAUAUUAUUAUUGUAAUAACUUUUACACCUUGGUUCAACCCAUAAAGGGCGUACCGUUGAAAAUUGGUUUGGCGGUGGCUGCAAAACGCCUCCUCGUACUUGGACUUAAGGUUGUUAUAUCUUCUGGUCCUUUUGGAUCAUGGAGAACAUUUCAUUUUACUAUAAUAGAAUUCUGCUUAAGCUGGUGCUAGGGGAGCAGCACAUUUCAUUACCUCUCUUGAACAGAUUCAAUCAAACCGAGUCGGUUAUUAUGUUGCUUAUUGCUUUUUAUGCUUCCAAAGGAUCGUUUCAGAGAUUAAGUUAUUUAAUUCCAUCAAAACAGAACAUAUUUUACUGGCUACAAUACCAUAUUUUCUUUAAUUAUGUUUUGUAAAGCAAUAAUCAACGUUAAAGUAUUGUUUCACAUUUGUAUAAAUAAUUCAUUCGCUUUGUCUCUCUCUGUAUAUAUAUAUCACAAGAAGGAGACAAAUAUAUGUAUUGUAUGUUUAUAUUGGUUUACGUAGCUUUAUU